AUGCCUCGCCACAACGACCCCACCUCCAAGAUGUUCUACAAGGGUGCCUCCGACGACUUCAUCGUCUUCGUUGAUGACCACGACGCCCUGAACAGAUGGCGCAGUGACCGCUCCGUCCCUCUGGCGGAUGUCCUUAACGGCUGGAAGAUCUUUGUUACGCACAAGCACGGAGCCCAAGGCGUCCUCGACGGAGCUAGCAAGGCUAGUCUCGAGAAUGAAUUCGGAACUGCCAAUGAAGACGACGUUAUAACUCAGAUUUUGGAGCGUGGAGAGUACCAGUCUACUAUUGCUCGCGAACAACAAGGUGAUACCAACUUCCGUAAUGGUCCUGCUUAUCGAUAG